CUCGUUUCCCAUUUCAUCUCUUCUUGCGGAAGAGAGCUCCGCUCCCCCUCCUCUCUCUUUCUCUCUGUUAGAUCGUCGCUCCUUGUCAGCUCCAAAUCGGAGGUGUUGCAAGUGUCUAAGUGUGGUUGUCUUUUGUUAUAAGAAGAGAUGGCUGAUUCUUUGGUCCAUUCGGCAAUUCUUCCUUCUGCUGUCAUGACCAGGAGCCAAAGUCAGCUUCGAGGCUCUGGAAAGGCUAAAAGGGGUGCGAAAAUGGUCCGAUCGAUGCGGAUGCAUCCCUUAAGACUGCAAAGCUUUGCAGGCUUGCGAGCAGCAGACAAUUUGGAUUUCUCAUCAAGAUGCCAGCAGGAUUUCCAUUCAGUGGUUUCAAGAUAUAUAUCCAAUCCACGAGGGAAAGCCACUAGAGGAGUCCCUAAAGCUAUGUUCGAGCGCUUCACAGAGAAGGCAAUUAAAGUUAUCAUGCUUGCUCAAGAAGAGGCAAGGCGUCUAGGCCACAACUUUGUUGGGACAGAACAGAUUUUGUUGGGCCUUAUUGGCGAAGGGACUGGUAUUGCUGCAAAAGUUUUGAAAUCAAUGGGAAUCAAUCUCAAAGAUGCUAGGGUGGAAGUGGAAAAGAUUAUUGGAAGGGGAAGUGGAUUUGUUGCUGUUGAGAUACCCUUUACACCACGUGCAAAGCGUGUUUUAGAACUCUCUUUAGAGGAAGCCCGUCAGCUUGGUCAUAACUAUAUAGGAUCUGAGCACUUGCUUCUUGGGCUUCUACGUGAGGGUGAAGGUGUAGCUGCUCGUGUGCUUGAGAGUCUUGGAGCUGAUCCAAGCAACAUACGCACCCAGGUUAUUCGAAUGGUUGGUGAAAGCACUGAAGCUGUUGGUGCUGGGGUAGGGGGAGGAAGCAGUGGAAACAAAAUGCCCACACUUGAGGAGUAUGGAACUAAUUUGACAAAGUUGGCAGAGGAGGGGAAGCUAGAUCCUGUAGUUGGCAGGCAGCCGCAGAUUGAACGUGUUACACAAAUUUUGGGAAGGCGUACAAAGAACAAUCCCUGCCUUAUUGGGGAACCUGGUGUUGGUAAGACAGCCAUCGCCGAAGGACUUGCUCAACGCAUUGCCAAUGGGGAUGUUCCAGAAACAAUUGAAGGAAAGAAGGUGAUUACCCUUGAUAUGGGGCUUCUUGUUGCUGGUACUAAAUACCGUGGAGAGUUUGAAGAAAGGUUAAAGAAGCUGAUGGAGGAAAUUAAACAAAGUGAUGAAAUAAUACUCUUCAUUGAUGAAGUGCACACAUUAAUUGGAGCAGGAGCAGCAGAGGGUGCAAUAGAUGCUGCCAAUAUCUUAAAACCAGCUCUUGCAAGAGGUGAAUUGCAGUGUAUUGGAGCAACAACACUUGAUGAGUACAGAAAACACAUCGAGAAGGAUCCUGCUUUGGAAAGACGUUUUCAACCCGUAAGAGUCCCAGAACCAACAGUGGAUGAAACAAUACAGAUUCUUAGAGGGCUUCGUGAAAGAUAUGAGAUUCACCACAAACUCCGUUACACCGAUGAGGCUUUAGUUGCUGCUGCUCAGUUGUCCUAUCAGUACAUUAGUGACCGUUUCCUGCCUGAUAAGGCAAUUGACUUGAUCGAUGAAGCUGGUUCUCGUGUUAGGCUUCGCCAUGCACAGCUUCCUGAGGAAGCCAGAGAACUUGACAAAGAACUCAGGCAGAUUACAAAAGAGAAAAAUGAGGCAGUCCGCGGCCAAGAUUUUGAAAAGGCAGGGGAGCUGCGUGAUCGGGAAAUGGAGCUUAAGGCUCAGAUUUCAGCCCUAAUUGACAAGGGCAAAGAGAGGAGCAAAGCAGAGAGCGAGGCUGGUGAUGCAGGCCCUGUUGUAAACGAAGCAGACAUACAACACAUUGUAUCUUCAUGGACUGGAAUACCUGUAGAAAAAGUCUCAAGUGAUGAGUCUGAUCGACUCCUCAAGAUGGAAGAAACUCUCCACAAGCGUGUUAUUGGCCAGGAUGAGGCUGUCAAAGCAAUAAGUCGUGCCAUUCGUCGAGCUCGUGUUGGUCUCAAGAAUCCCAACCGCCCAAUUGCCAGCUUCAUAUUUUCUGGUCCAACCGGUGUUGGAAAAUCAGAAUUGGCAAAGGCACUCGCUUCGUAUUAUUUUGGCUCCGAGGAAGCCAUGAUCCGACUUGACAUGAGUGAGUUUAUGGAGAGGCACACUGUUUCCAAACUCAUCGGUUCACCACCUGGUUAUGUUGGUUACACCGAGGGCGGCCAGCUUACUGAAGCAGUUCGUCGUCGCCCUUAUACUGUUGUCCUCUUUGAUGAGAUAGAGAAAGCACACCCUGAUGUUUUCAACAUGAUGCUCCAGAUUUUGGAAGAUGGGAGAUUGACAGACAGCAAGGGGCGAACAGUAGACUUUAAGAACACCCUCCUGAUCAUGACCUCCAACGUUGGAAGCAGUGUGAUCGAGAAGGGAGGUCGUAGGAUUGGUUUUGAUCUCGACUAUGAUGAGAAGGAUAGCAGCUAUAACAGAAUCAAGAGCCUUGUCACAGAGGAGCUGAAGCAGUACUUCCGGCCAGAGUUCCUGAAUAGGUUGGAUGAGAUGAUCGUCUUCCGACAGCUGACAAAGCUGGAGGUCAAGGAGAUUGCUGAUAUAAUGCUUAAAGAGGUAUUUGACAGGCUAAAAGUGAAGGAUAUAGAACUUCAAGUGACAGAGAGGUUUAAGGAUAGGGUGGUGGACGAAGGUUACAACCCAAGUUACGGAGCUAGGCCCCUUAGAAGGGCCAUAAUGAGGCUGUUGGAGGACAGCUUGGCCGAGAAAAUGCUGGCCGGGGAGAUUAAGGAGGGUGACUCGGCCAUUGUGGAUGUCGACACCGAAGGGAAUGUUACCGUUCUCAAUGGUGGGAGCGGUGUGCCUGAAUCAAUACCCCCAGCUAUUCCUGUAUAGAAUCCAUAUCCUUUGUGUUUGCUGUGAUGUAAUGGUGAAUCGUAGGGGCCGGCGAAGAGCAUCUGUGGCUUGCAGCCCCAUUCAUAUCGUAGGGCAUUAGCAGGAGAAAUUUGUUGUGGGAACACCAGAUUGGUUGUCUUAAGCAGAUGAAGAACAAGGAGUGAAGUGAAACUGAAUAUUUUCCUGGCCAAAAUUGCUGGUAACACUUAUGAUCUAUGCAUGUUGUCAUUUAUGUUGGAUUUGGUGACAUUCUCUGGAGAUGAGACAUGCCGAUUUGCUAUAUGAAUUACCAUUGACUAAUUUCGAUUC